UGCUGCCCAUUGCUCUGGCAGCUCCAGCGAGCUGCCUGCCUUCUGCUCCUGCUCCUGCUCUGCUCCCUGGCUGCUGCCCGCCAGAGUCUGCCUGAGUGCUGCCGGCAGAAGACCUGCUCCUGCCGCGUCUAUGACCUCCUGCAUGGCAUGGGCAACCAUGCAGCUGGUAUCCUCACACUGGGCAAGAGGAAGAGCGUCCCUCCAGCCUUCCAGAGCCGUCUCUACCGCCUGCUGCACGGCUCUGGCAACCACGCUGCAGGCAUCCUCACCAUGGGCAAGCGCGGGAAGCUCCCUGGCACCGCCUGCCACGACGCAUCAGGCUGCCCCGUGGGCAUGGAUGCCCAGCCGACGCCAGCGCUGCGAGGAGCUGAUGCCAGCCCUGCCAGCCCCAGGGAGUGCCAGGGACACUCGGGGAAGGACCUGCCCAAGAGCCCAGCCCAGGGAGAUGCCAAAAGUUUUUACUGAGUGGGGUGGGGCAGCGGGAGCAGGGAGGGGGC